CCGACCUUAUUGUUUUGAUGAUUCUACUCGUGCCGACCGGCUCCACUGCUGAUGACAAAAUAACAUGAAUCUUAUGAUCGAUAAUUAACCCAACUCGAUGUUUCCCCUGCUGAUUAUUAUUAACCGUUUUUCAUUGAUGAGCGGCCGUGAGGCUCAUGGGAACGUCACUCUUCAAAUCUACCGGGAGGAAACGUGAAUUGCUUUGCCAAUGUUAGCAACAUUAUUCCAUUACAUACAUUAGCAAGCUAGAUCAAUGCGAGUAGACAGACACAUGGCUCAGUUAGCAACUCUUCUUUCUGAAAGCCUCGUCUCGUGCAUUGAGCAAUGGAAUAACUAGUGGGGGGCGUCCCUAUAGUCUAAAGAGGCUUCCUCACAUUGGGAGCAUCUCAAUUGUAUUUCCUUGAUACCCCGAAUGUCCCUCUUCUUCUCUUCUCAAAGCACAUUGGAGCAGAAGAUCUGAGGAUCCUGACUACUUCAUUCCAGUGUCAAAACGGCCUCUCAGGAAAUGCUUUUGAGAGGGUUUGAGAGCAAUGGCUGUCUUCUGCACUGACCUGACAAACAUCGGGACAGACACCAAAAUAUAGCUUUGGUGCAAUUUUCAGAGAGUGAUGACGUCAUCAGAAGGUGGGGAGGCGGUGCUUCUGGUUGGAGAGGGGAACUUCUCGUUCUCUGCCGCUCUGAGCCGGAUCGUCGCCACGGAGACAAAUGACAUCACCUCGGGGACCGAUGACAUCACAAGGGAGACCGAUAACAUAGCCGGUGGGAGGGGUUUGAGGAUCACAGCCACCUGUCUCCAGACCAAAGAGGAGGCGCUACGACACCGCGGCUCCGCCCACAACAUACACACAAUCACACACUCAGGUGGGGAGGUGCUGUUUGAGGUGGAUUGUACACGUCUGUCAGACUGUGUGUGUCUGCGUGGUCGACAGUUUGACCGUGUCAUCUUUAACUUCCCUCACUGCGGUCGGAAGAGUGGCGUGAAGAAGAACAGGCUGCUGCUCAAACACUUUUUCCUCAGCUGUGUGGGGCUGCUGAAGGAGGAAGGGGAGGUACUUGUGUCUCUGUGCAACGGGCAGGGCGGGACUCCAGCCGACCGGCCAAUGAGAGAGUGGCACAACAGCUGGCAGGUGGUCGCCAUGGCAGCAGAGGCAGGGCUUAUCCUGAACGAGGUCCGCCCCUUCGAUGGCGAGAAACCUGACAGUUACCAAUCCACCGGGUACAGGAGCCAGGACAAGUGUUUCCAUGCAGAGCAGGGCGUGACUCAUGUGUUCAGUCGUAGUGUGGUCUGCAGCGCCCCCCAGAGGAAGGACAUGAAACAGCACAUUCUGGGAGGACGACCAUUGACCUACCACAUACCUGCUGAACUUUCACAUUACAUACACAGGGGGUUUCUCUCAAAUUCUAAUCAUCCCGUCAGGCUGGUUCAGGACUUUCUGGUUCAGGCCCUGGAGAGGGAAUGGCCUGUCUCCAUGGUUACAGAGCCCCUCCCCCUGCUCAUACACUCCUCCCCCCAGAGACUAAACGCAUGUUGCCCCGAGAUACAAGACACACACACACAUUGCUACUGGCUACACCCCUCCCACACACACACCACUUCACACACACCCUCAGAUGAUCACAAACACAUAGACACUCUACUGGCAGACACACACAUAACCUACGACUCAGAGGAUGAGGGAAGGGAGAGAGAGUGUAGCAACCGUUUUAAGGAGUGUGUAGGUGAGGGAGAGGAGUGUGUAGGUGUUGGGGGAUACGUGCUGCGUCCUUCUCUACUGCCUCAGAUGGAGAUACUGAGAGAGGAGAGAGAACACAGAGAGAGAGAGGAGGUUCUGCAUGGUGUGAGCGGCCUAGUCUUUCAGAGAGUUCACAUCAGUCCCUGGUCCCCCCCUGCCUUCCACCAGCUCCUCCUCUGGGGAGCGUGGCCCAAAGCCUCUCAGUCAAUCCCUGACCUGGGGCGGAGUCUGGAGCGUCUGCUGACCCCCUAUGGGCUUUCCCUGGCUGAGGAGCAGGGGUCUCUGUGGCUGGCAGCCGAGCCAAUGGGACGGCUAGGCCGGCUGUGGGCUGAUGACCUCACUGAUGGCGUCCGUGUGUGUCUGAACCUUGACCUCCUGGCGUCACUGGUCUACUCCCUACCUGACUGGCGCCUGCUCUGGUCACCUGACCCCCGCUUCCUCAACCACUUCCUGCUUCGCCCAUUGCCAGAGCAACCGUUCCAUCCCUUCUCCCUGUUUCCACAGAGCUUUGUUUAUGACAUCAGCUUCUGGGCGGGGCCAGACUGGCAGGAGGCAGCGUUUCAUGCUCUAGUCAGGGAGGCCAGUAGAGAGAUGGUAGAGAACGUUACGCUCAUCGACACCUACACACACCCUGACGUACCACACACCAGCUACUGUUACAGACUCACCUAUCGCUCACACACACAUGCCCUCUCACACACACGCGCACUCAAACUCCACACACACCUGCAAAGCCUGCUGUCCACACGCAUGCAUCUCACCGUCAGGUAGUGUCUGUCUGUCUGUCUGUGAGAGAUGAGUGCAGUGUUGUAAUAUGCUGUUGGUGUCAGGAUGGUGUUGGUGUCAGGAUGGUGUUGAUGUUGUGUUGAUGUCAGGAUGGUGUUGAUGUCAGGAUGGUGUUGGUGUUGUGUUGAUGUCAGGAUGGUGUUGGUGUGGUGUUGAUGUCAGGAUGGUGUUGGUGUCAGGAUGGUGUUGAUGUUGUGUUGGUGUCAGGAUGGUGUUGAUGUUGUGUUGGUGUCAGGAUGGUGUUGGUGUCAGGAUGGUGUUGAUGUCAGGAUGGUGUUGAUGUUGUGUUGAUGUCAGGAUGGUGUUGAUGUCAGGAUGGUGUUGGUGUCAGGAUGGUGUUGAUGUCAGGAUGGUGUUGAUGUCAGGAUGGUGUUGAUGUCAGGAUGGUGUUGGUGUCAGGAUGGUGUUGAUGUCAGGAUGGUGUUGAUGUCAGGAUGGUGUUGAUGUCAGGAUGGUGUUGGUGUCAGGAUGGUGUUGAUGUUGUGUUGAUGUCAGGAUGGUGUUGGUGUCAGGAUGGUGUUGGUGUCAGGAUGGUGUUGGUGUCAGGAUGGUGUUGAUGUUGUGUUGAUGUCAGGAUGGUGUUGAUGUUGUGUUGAUGUCAGGAUGGUGUUGGUGUCAGGAUGGUGUUGAUGUCAGGAUGGUGUUGAUGUUGUGUUGAUGUCAGGAUGGUGUUGAUGUUGUGUUGAUGUCAGGAUGGUGUUGGUGUCAGGAUGGUGUUGGUGUCAGGAUGGUGUUGAUGUCAGGAUGGUGUUGAUGUCAGGAUGGUGUUGGUGUCAGGAUGGUGUUGAUGUCAGGAUGGUGUUGGUGUCAGGA